ACAUUAAACAAACAAGGAAAAUAUUAAAGAAGUAGAUAUAAACUGCCUAAUCAUAGCUUGGCAUGUAGUGUAUACUUUUGUGGAGCAUUUUUUUUUCAUAGAUAUUGUCCAAAGAGAAAUUUCUUGUUGAUAACAUACACUCACAGAGCACUUUAUUAGGAAGACCUGUACACCUACUUAUUCAUACAAUUAUCUAAUCAGCCAAUCAUGUGGCAGCAGUGCAAUGCAUAAAAUCAUGCAGAUACGGGUCAGGAGCUUCAGUUAAUGUUCACAUCAACCAUCAGAAUGGGGAAAAAAUGUGAUCUCAGUGAUUUCGACGUGGCAUAAUUGUUGGUGCCAGACGGGCUGGUUUGAGUAUUUUUGUAACUGCUGAUUUUCAUGCACAACAGUCUCUAGAGUUUACUCAGAAUGGUACCAAAAACAAAAAACUUCCAGUGAGCAUCAGUUCUGCGGACAGAAAUGCCUUGUUGAUGAAAGAGGUCAACGGAGAAUGGCCAGACUGGUUCGAGCCGACAGAAAGGCUACAGUAACUCAGAUAACCACUCUGUACAAUUGUAGUGAGCAGAAUAGCAUCUCAGAAUGCACAUCACGUCGAACCUUGAGACGGAUGGUCUACAACAGCAGAAGACCAUGUCGUGCACUUUAUUAGGAUCAUAGUGUUCCUAAUAAAGUGCUCAGUAAGUGUAUUUUAGAGCUAAGGGUAACUACAAAUAAUUAUAACAAUUUCUGAUUUGAUUACUUUAUAUACUUUUCCAAGCCUCAUAAUUCCAGGUAAUCAUAAUUAUAAAAUUCCCUGAUAUUCUCAAGUUUUUCAUAACAGAAAGUCUUACCACAUGCUAAAGAACACUGGACUACAUUUGUUGAUGUUCUGUCACAGAGCUAAUCCUUACAUGUUCUACAGCAUAAGCUACAUCAAGAGUCAUGACUUAUAUAUAAUAUAAAUAUUAAGAGGCUACCAUUUUCUAAGCUGAUCUUUCUCUCUUCCCCCCUUCUCAAUCCAUCUAUCCAUCUCUCUCUCUCCCUCUCUCUAUAGCAGAGUGGGCAGGCACAGACUGUUGUAAUGUUAGUCCUACUUACUGAUGUGACCCACGCUCACAUACAAACACUGGACUUUGCCGUGAGGAAGAACUGCCAAUUCUUCUUUUUUUCUUUUCCUAUUCUGUUUAUUCGUUCAGUCUCUCUUGAGUGGGACCCAUAGAUUAGGACCAAAGAAAGGUAUGUUUUGUGUAUUAUUUGCUUUAAAUACAAGCACAAUUAAGUACAAAUUUGAUCUGUAUUCCAGAUCUAUAGAACUACUGUGUCCAGUUGAAUUUUAGUUUACUCCGAUAUAAAAAAUACCAGUUUUUCAGAUUUCAUCCAAAUUUUAUGUAUAACAAGAAGUGCAUAUUGCAUCUAUUUUAUCCUCUUUUGACUGAUAAAGCGGAUGUUGUUCUCAGCUCUGAUUUAUUACCUAAUGGUGUGGACAGUUUAAUCCUUGACAGUUUAAUGCAGCAAAUGUGACAGUUAAGCAGCAUAAGAGAGAGGGUGCCAUGGUCUGUAUGACAUCAAGGUCACUAAAUCAAUAUUUAUUUAUUUUCGUCUUUUGAGGCUUAUAUUGUGUUUUUCAAAUCAGUGCAUAAUAAAAGCUGAUGAAAAUAUACUUUAAGUAACCUCAUAUGAUCUCAUUUGGCUUUAUGUGCCUUUGACAAACAAAAGGCCUCUGGGCAGCUUUUAUACUAAAGUACUCUCUUUCACUCCUUAGAAGACUCAAAUCCAUUUCAGCUCUGCCAUGUUUUCAAAGAUACGAUGAUGUAACUUCAGUCGAGCCUCUACAAGACAUUCGUCUGACAUUUUAAUGGCAAAAAGAUCCCGAAGUCAAUCCAAAAUAUCUGAAAUUGCAUCCUCUUUCCCUCUUUCUCACUAUUGUCAUUUACAAUAAUUCCAUUUUCAGAUUUACCAUGAUGGAGAAGGAAGGCAUUCAUUUAACAUAGACGACUGGAUACCCCUCUAAAAGUCUGCUCAGAAGAAGCUGAUACAAGAAGGUCUGCAGGACCAUAAGGACCAGGAUGAAUAUUAAAAUUUCCACAAGCCUGCUGACCCUUUUGAGCCUAUGUGGAAUAUCUACCAACUGUCCAUCUGUCUGUUCCUGCAUUGGGAACCAAACAGACUGCAGUGACCUUAAUCAACUGGCCUCCAUGGACUCCAUCCUGGACCAGCUUCCCUACAACACGACCUUCCUCACCCUCUCCACAAACAACUUCCCUGCCGUUGAACCUGGGAGCUUUUCCAAUCUCAGCAGCCUUCUUCAUCUUGACCUCUCUAGAAACAUUCUCUCGACCCUUCACCCUUCAAGCUUCUCCCGGCUGAAUAACCUGGACUUUCUGGAUCUCUCUGAAAACCUUCUGGUUGAGCUCCCUGUUAACCUUUUCUCUGAUCUCAGCAGCCUGACAGAACUUGUUCUUAGAGACAACAGGCUUAAGGAACUGAACCCAGGUCAGUUCAAAGGCCUGACAGAGCUUAAGCGUUUGGACCUUUCCUCAAACAGUCUCUGCUCUCUGCCAAUAUAUCUACUGGAUGGGCUUCAGAACCUAGUGUGGCUCUCGCUAGUGGGCAACAAGCUGAGAACUCUGCAGCGGACUUCUCUUGAGCCGGCUACUGCUCUACAGCACCUUCUGCUGGAGGGAAACCCCUGGAACUGCAGCUGCAAACUAAUCCCACUCAAGCACUGGCUGGAAUGGACCUUGUAUAGAGGUGGCCAUGUGGAUUCCGUCAACUGCUCUUUCCCUACAAAUUUGUAUGGUAAAGAUCUUCGCAAUAUCCCUAUGGAGAUGUUCAGACACUGUUACCCUCUCUAUCUUGAGACCAGGAGCUCAUCUUUUGCUGAGGGUCACCAAGUACCAGCCGGGUCACCUGGGGACUGUAUACGCCAGCGCUACCGCCCUGUUAGCGUGCGUCGAGCGGCCGCCACAGUGGUGGUAGCUGGGGUGGUUUGUGGUGUGGUGUGUGUGUUGAUGGUGGUAACAGCCACCUAUGGCUGUAUCUAUGCCAUGCUGGCUGCUCACGAACAGCAACAGCUGAUGCACGGCAACAGCCAGCAGCAGCCGUUGAUAGUGGUGAAGGAACCAGAGCAGGAAGAAAAGGAAGAUCUGGUGGCAACUAUUGCAAAGGAAGAGGAAGCCCCGGAGUGUGCAGAGUGGAUGGCAUUUCCUCCAGAAGUGUCUGUUUAACAGACACAAGAACCUCUGGGAGUUUUAUUGGAACAUUUGGUUUAUGAAUGUCAUUGAUAAAGCCCAUUGAUGUACAUAGAUUUAUGGAUGUUUCGUUUUGGAGAAAGGGUGUAAGAUCUAAUGACCCACUGUAGGCCAAGAGCAAUUAUAAUAAUUAUUUAAUACAUAAAAAAAAGACAGUUUGAGAUGCUCAGUUAGAGAGAUAUAAAACUACUCAAUAGGUCUUAAGUAAUACAAUUUCCAAAGCAAAUUUUCAAAUAUGGCUUAUAUAUUUUAAUUAUAUAUAUUGAAUUCAAGUUAUCUUGUAUAUUGUCCUGCAAAUUCUCCAAACAAUUCAACUCUGCAUUUAAUUUCUUCUAGUUGAAAUCAUUCAGUUGUUAAUUAUGAAACAUAUCUUAAUAAUCUGUGGCAAAAGAAAUGGGAUAUACUGUGUGUAUAUAUAUAUAUAUAUAUAUAUUAUACAGUUGAAGUCAGAAGUUUACAUACAUCUUAGCCAAAUACAUUUAAACACAGUUUUUCACAAUUCCUGACAUUUAAUCCUAGAAAACUUUUCCUGUCUUAGGUCAGUUAGGAUCACUACUUUAUUUUAAGAAUAUGAAGUGUCAUAAUAAUAGUAGAGAGAAUGAUUUAUUUUAGCUUUUAUUUCUUUUAUCACAUUCCCAGUGGGUCAGAAGAUUACAUACACUUUGUUAGUAUUUGGUAGCAUUGCCUUUAAAUUGUUUAACUUGGGUCAAACAUUUUGGGUAAUCUUCCAAUUUUCCUUCCUUAUGAUGCCAUCUAUUUUGUGAAGUGCACCAGUCCCUCCUGCAGCAAAGCACCCCCACAACACGAUCCUGCCACCCCCAUGCUUCACGGUUGGGAUAGUGUUCUUCGGCUUGCAAGCCUCACUCUUUCUCCUCCAAACAUAACGAUGGUCAUUAUGGCCAAACAGUUCAAUUUUUGUUUCAUCAGACCAGAGGGCAUUUCUCCAAAAAGUAAGAUCUUUGUCCCCAUGUGCACUUGCAAACUGUAGUCUGGCUUUUUUAUGGCGGUUUUGGAGCAGUGGCUUCUUCCUUGCUGAGCAGCCUAUCAGGUUAUGUCGAUAUAUGACUUGUUUUACUGUGGAUAUAGAUACUUGUCUACCUCAGUGUUUCCCAACCACUGUGCCGUGGCACACUAGUGUGCCAUGAAAGAUUGUCAGGUGUGCCGUGGAAAAUUAUCAGAUUCCACAAAAUAAAUCAGGGCUCCAGACUGAGACUAAUUUUUCAACCAUUUUUCCUAACAGUGCGAUUAAACUUUGCAAGAGGUCGCACUGGUGUGACUACAAAGUUGGCUGACUCUCUGAUCGUGCUCUGUAAUUUUUUGUUCCGUAUGAGAAAUAUCAAACGGCAAACGUUCCAAACGCGAAAGGAAACAGCUUUAACCAGAUCAGCCAGCGCUGCUCAAUGGACUGAUUAGCGCAGAGACGUGCAUUUACACGUGAACUGGUCUCAAGCGCUCAGCCGCGCAUAUCAUCAUAAACAGAACUGCGAGAAGCACGUGCUGGGUCGCGAAUUCAGCAUUGAUUAUUUGUUUAAAACCUCUAUGAAAGCCCAUAAUGUGUCAAUGAUUAAACCAGUUUAAAAUUAUAUUAAACGGCCCCAAUAUUCUAAACAGCAUUGAAAAGGAAUAAAGGAGAAAUCUGCACAAUGAACAGACAGAAACUGUAAGGUUUCAAUCCACACAUCACAGAUAUUAAAAAAAUAUUUACCAUGAACUUGUAUCAGUAUAGUAGUGAGAGAAUACAAUUUAAAACUAUCAAUGAUGGGAUGUGGGACAGUGGGAUAGAGGUGUGCCAUGGGAUUUGUUUAAUUGUAAAAAGUGUGCCGUGGCAGAAAAAAGGUUGGGAAACACUGGUCUACCUGUUUCCUCCAGUAUUUUCACAAGGUCCUUUGCUGUUGUUCUGGAAUUGAUUUGCACUUUUCACACCAAGCUAUGUUCAUCUCUAGGAGACAGAAUGCGUCUCCAUCCUGAGCGGUAUUAUGGCUGUGUGGUCCCAUGGUGUUUAUACUUGCGUACUAUUGUUUGUACAGAUGAACGUGGUACCUUCAGGCGUUUGGAAAUUGCUCCCAAGGAUAAACCAGACUUGUGGAAGUCCACAAUUUUUUUCUGAGGUCUUGGCUGAUAUAUUUUGAUUUUCCCAUGAUGUCAAGCAAAGAGGCAAUGAGUUUAAAGGUAGGCCUUAAAAUACAUCCACAGGUACACCUCCAAUUGACUCCAAUUAGCCAAUUAGCUUAUAAGAAGCUAAUUGGCUAAUUGCCUUAAGGCUUGACAUCAUUUUCUGGAAUUUUCAAAGCUGCUUAAAGGCACAGUUAACUUAGUGUAUGUAAAUUGAGAUAUAGUCAAUUAAAAGUGAAACCAUCUGUCUGUAAACAAUUGUUGGAAAAAUUACUUGUGUCAUGCACAAAGUAGAUAUCCUAAACGACUUGCCAAAACUAUAGUUUGCUAAUAAUAAAUCUGUGGAGUGGUUAAAAAAUGAGUUUUAAUGACUUCAACCUAAGUGUAUGCAAACUUCUGACUUCAACUGUACUUACAUACCAUAUAAUAUAUCUAUAUAUAUAUAUUUAAACAGAGAGAUAAAAUCUGUUUUAGAAAAUACAUUUUACACAUGUUAAAUGUGUUUGUCUAUGUUAAAAUUGUGUACAGUAUGUUUAAUAGGUAAGAUAUAUAUUAUAUAAUUAAAAAUAAUCUUCAAAUGUUUGUAGAGUAAUAAUAAGUGUUGAAUGAUCAUAACUUCACUCGGCUAUUUCUAAGCCAGCCUUAUCUUCUCAAAAUAUGCUGAUAGUGCUGAUC